AAUACCGUUGUUAAGGUCUCACAAUGACAAUCUGUUCUUAACUCCAAUGGAAAAGACGUACCUUGUCAGGAAAAGUCUUUAAAUAUCCACUCUACCCCAAAAUAUUUUACAAUUUGCACUCGGUUGACUUUGUGUUAAGUGUUGAGCCCUAAACUCAGCGUGAAAUUUGCAGAUACUUAACCUUUUUAAAAAAAUCAUAAGAGAUGCAGAAUGAAAGAGACGAGUCCCACCGCCACAUGGGCAUCACCUGCAGCGGCUGCCUGCGCCAGAAUUUUCCGGGUCGCCGGUUCCACUGCCUCUCCUGCCUGGAGGAGUUCAACCUGUGCAACGGGUGCUACGCCCUCGACGCGACCACCAAGGAGCACAAGUUCGACCACGCGAUGCACUGCAUCCUCACGCCGGCCAGCCUGGCUCUGUUCUACACCCAGGAGGAGCUGGGUGCUGGAAAGUAUCCUAUGCUCAUCCGCUGCCCCUACUGCAAGAUAAACAACUUCAAUCUGGAGGAAUUCGAGCGCCACUUGCAGGAGCUGCACCCCAGCGCGGAUCCCGACCUGUUGUCCUGCUAUAAGCUGCACGUUUAGGGCACAGAGUUCAGCUUCGGGCAGUAAUGACACAUUUUAGGGCUUCUGUUUAAGGGGCAUUCAUUAAUAUUGAUUAAUUGUUAAGGCAGCCAUUGCGAAACCAAUAAAUAAAUGGAAUUUAGGA